AUGAGAGGCGGUAGGAUCCUAAAACCUGGCUCCGGUGGGCAAGAAAUACUCCUCUACCACCUUCAGAACAGAAUAAUUUCCGGCAUACCAAACCCUGAAAUCGGCGAAUGCGACUUAUACGGUGAAAAGGAGCCAUGGGAGAUAUGGGAUCAGGGGUCCAAUAAAAACCUGCAGGAAGACCUUCUCGUGUUCACCAAGUUGAAGAAGAAGACGGCCAAGGCCUCACGUGUGGACCGCACGAUCGGGACGGGAUCGUGGAAAGCCGAGGACGUCGGCGUCGAAAUAUACUGGAGAGAAAAUAGCAUUCUUGACGGGAUGGCGACGACGCUCUUUGGGAUGAAAAAAAGGUUUCACUAUGAGGGUCGAAGCAGCUCCGUCGAUGAUGAUCGUCUGCACUGGAUCAUGUACGAGUACAGCCUUGAUGCCGACCACCAUGCACAAUGCCAAGACUAUGUUAUCUGCCGAAUGAAAAGGAUAGAUGAUUCAGGAAAGAAGAGCAAAUCACGGAAACGGGAAAGCACAGAGAUCAUGGAGAAAGGUAAGGAAAUUUAUAAAAGAAAUCACGGAGAAGUUGCACAAGUCAACAAUAUUGGUAUUGGAAGUACUACUGCAAUGAAAGCAGCAGCCGAACCGGCCGGAGUAAAUUCAUCGGAAUCACGGAUGGGGAAUUUUAGCUGCAGUCAUAUUGUAACUAUGAGAAAUACCAAUGAAUUACUGAUGGACAUAAAAUCAUUUGGUGAAGAGCUAACUGGAAAUCAUCAAGCAGAUCAAACUAUGGAGGAGCCAGAUGAUCAGAUUGAGAUGAUUGAUACCAAGCGUUUUGUUGACGUUUGGAACGUUAAUGGGUGUGAACUGCUCAAAAAAUAA